UUUGCUCUCUAAUUUACCUCGUCUAUAUUAAGCAACCAAAACCAGAAAAAAUCCUUACUUUUUCAUAUCUUCCAAUAUACCUCCUCUAUACAAGAAUUGAAAAGAUUUUUUGUUUAUCAUUUACAUUGCUUCAUCUUAUCAAUGGGCAAGUCUCCUCUAUCAACAUGCAAAUUUCAAGAAUUAACCAAAUUAAUCUCCAUUUACACACCAAAACCCAAAAAAUCACAACCCAUAAUUCCCUUAAAUCCAAAAGAUGUUAGCUUUGAUGGCAAGAAUCAUGUUCCACUCUCCAUUGUAGUUUCUGACUGUGUGAAACGGUGGUUUAAAGAUACACUUAAGGAGGCCAAAUCUGGUGACACUUCUAUGCAAAUUCUUGUUGCUCAGAUGUAUUUUCAUGGCUAUGGUGUUGCUAAAGAUGCUUCAAAGGGCCGUUCAUGGAUUGCAAGAGCUUCAAAAACUUAUGCUUCGGCAUGGAAAGUGUGUAGAAAACGUCCAGGUUAUUUUGUAAGUGACUCAGAUUCAGAUGAAGGGAAGGUUCAACCAUAUAAGAGCAGAUAGCUUUUCUUGUUGAAACUUUAAAUGAAAAUUUCAGUGCAAAACUCAUUUUGAGCGUGGAUUAGCAUAUUGAAGUUAGAUGUAGUCUCAUUUUAAGUCUUGAAGUUGAAAAGUUUGUGGCAUACUUAUUUUAAGCCGUGAAGUCUAAAAUUCUACCGAGUUAAGUAAUUUUUUCAUUGAUUUUGGAGCCACUCAAGAAUCAAAAUUUCUCUUUAGACUAUUGCUUUUAGAAUCUGGAUCAUAACCAUCCCUUUAGGAUAUAGUUAAUUAUUUACACUUAGGGAUACCUAAAUCUUGGACUUGCUGCAGAAAAACUAUUGCAUUGGAUGUAUAUCUAACUUUCUCUAGAGCUCGGUAAUGAUUUUACAUCGAAAUUUGAACAGUCAUG